AGCUCUGCUAGUUUAGUAAAUAAGUUGAGCAUUAAAGAGCCGAAUUUGCAUGCUACUCGGUUCAUCUGCCAAGUUGCACGAAAAUUUUUACAGGACAAUGAGCCUUUAACUCUUUGGCGAUGCAUCUUUGUGACUUUUCAUUAUCGACCAUUUGAACGAGGCAACUCUUCUUGCAUUUGCUGUGUCAUUAUUUGGCAUUUUUUCUAGUACGUACACAUUUGCGUAGAAUCCAAAACAAAGUGUACACAUUCCGCACCAAUAUGUGACGAACAAAGGCCAUUGGAUACCACGUGAUGGUGCAUAGUUUUUUGGGACCACUAAAUAAUCUCUCCAAUUUCUAUCUUGAAUUUUUUUUUCUUAAGACAAACUCUAAUUUCUAUCUGAAAAAACAAACACUAAUACUUUGACUCUCGUCAACUCAUUCUUAUCUAUAACCAUCGUCUUCUCGCUUUACCGAUCAAAAGGGGUUCUUCUUUUUAGAAUGUACAGGACAGGAUUCUCCGCCACCACGAGUUUUUUUCUCUCUUGUUUUGGGUCAAGAACAGCUGUUUUUUCAAAUAGGAUUCAUCUGCUCAAACCUCCCCCCACAAAUCCAAUGUCUAUUUAAAGGGUUCAAAAUGCAUUCAUUUGAUUCAUCACAUUCCUCUUCAUUCCAAUCCCAAAGGAACAAAGAUGUUCAGGCCACUCUUCAUUUCCUGUCUGCUCAUUUCCUUCGGAGGAAUCGCAUCGAGCCACCCUGAAGAAUUACAAGUCUUCUUCCAAUUCUUCUUCAAAGUCUACAAAAACGGCACGAUCGAGAAGCUGGACGGGCACGGCCUCGAUGUCCCGGCAUCUCUCGACUCCGAAACGGGUGUCCAGACCAAAGACAUUGUGAUCUCCCCAGAAACCAAUGUCUCCGCCCGUGUUUACGCGACGAAAGACGCCGCUGCCUCGAAGGGCGGAGUCCCGCUCCUCGUUUACUUCCACGGCGGAGGGUUUUCCACCGGCACCGCUGCUUAUUACGCCUUCCACCAGUUCGUGUGUUCCGUCGUUGCCAAAGGCAAAGUCGUGGCGGUUUCUGUUAGCUACAGAUUGGCCCCCGAGCAUUGCCUGCCGAUCGGUUAUGAUGAUUCGUGGGCGGCCAUUAAGUGGGUUGCUUCUCAUGCUGUUGGAGGUGGCACGGAACCGUGGUUGAAGGAGAGGGUUGAUUUUAACAGCAUUUAUUUCCUGGGAGAGAGUGCAGGUGCCAACAUAGCCCACAACAUGGCAAUGCGGUUCGGGUCGGAAAAACUGGACGGUGUCGAACUCAAGGGCAUCGUAUUGAUCCACCCAUAUUUCUUGCUAAAGGAGCCAACCCGUUCUUUACUGGCUGUCAAUGAAGAAAUGAGGAACAACAUCACCAAGCUGUGGCCCUACGUGUGCCCCUCCACUAGCGGGCCGUCCGACCCGCGGGUCAACCCGGUUGCAGAUCCGGAUUUGAAGAAGUUAGGGGGCAAGAGAGUCUUGAUUUGUCUGGCCGAGCAAGAUCCAUUGAUGGAUGCAGGGAAGAAGUAUGGUCAAGCAUUGCGCAGGGAAGGGGGAAAGGUUGUGAAGAAAUUUGUUAGCAAAGGAAAAUCGCAUGUGUUUCACUUGAGGGAGCCAAAUUCCAAGGAGGCUUUGGACUUGAUCGAUCGAGUGGUUUCUUUCGUGGAUGGAAAGUCGAGGAAGACUCAGUAAGGAAUGGUAUAGCUAGCUAAUGUGGUUGAAUUGGAGUGGCUAAUGAGGCAUUGGUCGAUCGAGGGAGAGGGAAUGAUUAUUUGUUGAGCCG